AUGCCUCAUGGUCAGAAGAGUCAGCACUGUGAGCUUGAGGAAGGCCUUCAUGCCCAAGAAGAGGCACCGGGCCUGGUGGGUGCACAGGUUCCUGCUGCUGAGGAGAUGGAGGCUGUAGCCUCCUCUUUGUCUACUCUGAUCCUGGGCAACCCGGAAGAAGUGCCUGCUGCUGGAACAGUGAAUCCUCCCCAGAGUCCACAAAGAUCCUAUUCCUUCUCCACUGCCAUCGAAGCCACUCCACCAAGCCAAUCUGAUGAGGGUUCCAGAAGUCAGGAAGAGGAAGAUCCAAGCACCUCACGUGCCCCCUCAGAUCGUGAGUUUUUACUCAGUUAUGCACUAGACAAGAAGAUGGCUGAGUUGGUGAAGUUCUUGAGUGUCAAGUAUAGAGCUGACGAGCCCAUCACGGAGGCAGAAAUGCUGAAGAAUGUCAUCAGAGAAUACAAGGACUACUUCCCUACGAUCUUCAGGAAAGCCUGUGAAUGUCUGGAGGUGGUCUUUGGCAUUGAUGUGAAGCAAGUGGAUCCCAUCAACCACUCCUAUGUGCUUGUCAAAACACUAGACCUCACCUAUGAUGGGAGGCUGAGCAAUGACCAGGGCAUGCCCAAGACUGGCCUCCUGAUGCUUACCCUGGGUGUGAUCUUCAUGGAGGGUAACUGUGCCUCUGAGGAGAAGAUCUGGAAGGUGCUCAAUAUGACCACUGUGUAUGCUGACAAGAAGGAUUUCAUCUGUGUGGAGCUCAGGAAGCUCAUCACCAAAGAUUUGGUGCAGGAAAAAUACCUGGAGUACCGACAGAUGCCCAGCAGUGAUCCUCCACGCUACGAGUUCCUGUGGGGUCCAAGGGCCCAUGUGGAAACCAGCAAGAUGGAAGUUCUGGAGUUUUUCUGCAAGGUCAGUGGGAGUCAUGCCACUUCCUUUCCAUCCUUGUAUAUGGAAGCUUUGAGAGAUGAGAAAGAGAGAGCCCAGGCUACAAUUGCCUCCGUGGGUAGCACUACUGCGAUGGCCAGUGCACAUUCCAAGGCCCAGUCCAGCAGCUUCUCCAGUCCUUAG